AUGGCCGAAUACUGGAAAUCGACACCAAAAUACUGGUGCAAGUUUUGCUCCGUGUUUGUCAAGGACACCAAAUUCGAGCGCGCGCAGCACGAAGCGACCGGCCGCCACCAAGGCAAUAUCCAGCGUAGUCUGAAGGGACUACAUCGCGAACAGGAAAACGAGAAGCGCAACCAGGCGCGCGCACAAGCAGAGGUUGCUCGGCUGAAUGGCAUUGUACCAUCGGCAUCCUCGACUCCUUCCGUCGCGACUGGCGUCGGCGGCAAGCCCACAUUCAAGAAGGAACCCGAGAAGAAGGCCACAGUAGACGACAGGAAACGACAAUGGGAGCAGCUGGCAGCUAUGGGUGUGGCGCUUCCCGCGGCUGCAAGAGGCGAUUUGGCGAUAGCGGGCGAAUGGAAGACAGUAAAGGAAGAAGUCGUGGGAGAAGUCACCGAGGACGGAGAGUUCAAGGCAACAUCGCUGAACAAGGGCGUGCGGAAGCGGCAACUGGAUGAGGAUGAGGAGGAGCAAAAGGCUGCCGGAGAGCUCAUCACCAAACGGAAAGGCUGGGGACACACGUACAAGAGUUUCCCGGGCAGCAAGGGCGGCGAUGACGAUGACAUUGAGAGCUUGCUUGGGAAGAAGAAAUCGCAGCCAGAGGUCAAGAGGGAAGAACCUGGGGAUGGAGUGAAAGCUGAAGUUGAAGAAGAGAACGAGGCCAAGACCCUGCAGGAUAUACCCACGGCUGAAGAAGCGGAAGCAAAGGCUGCCGAGGCCGUUGUGAAAAAGGAGGAGGAUGCGCCAGCUACACCAGCGGUGGUGUUCAAGAAGAGGAAGAAGGCGAAAUGA